AUGAAGAUGCGCCAUCAUGCACAACCUGGCGAUCCGAAGGAUCGAGGGAAGGACGUACCGCUGAUCGAGCGCCUCCAUGUCAUAGUCAAGUGUGGGGACAGCACCUCUACACUGUGGUUCAGAAAGACUAUAGGAGCUGGCAGAGCGCUUGAUCUCCUCGCGACUCAUUUUAAAGUGACAGCUUCAGACUCAUCCCCACUGCGUCUCGCGAAGACACCUGUCGUGGAUGACGACGUGGUAACACUGCGCACCGAUCAGCCUCUUUCGGAACAGGUGGAAGACGGUUCUCACUUGCUUUUAUCCCGUUGA